GCCCAGGGAAGACUGGCCCCGGGGGGACGAGCCCAGGGGAGAUCCUCAGCCACUGCUGCUGUCGCUGCUAUCCAGCCUGGUGCUCUACCAGGCCAAGUGUUAGUCGUGGGAAGAAAGAAGAGGUGAGGAAGGCAGCCCAGAGGCACCAUGUUCCGCAAGAAGAAGAAGAAACGCCCCGAGAUCUCAGCCCCACAAAACUUCCAGCACCGUGUCCAUACCUCCUUCGACCCCAAAGAAGGCAAGUUUGUUGGCUUACCCCCACAAUGGCAGAACAUCCUGGACACGCUGCGGCGCCCCAAGCCUGUGGUGGACCCCUCACGUAUCACGAGGGUGCAGCUGCAGCCCAUGAAGACGGUGGUUCGAGGCAGCUCGGUGCCCAUGGAGGGCUACAUCUUAGGGCUGCUCAGCGACAUCCAGAAGUUAUCUGUCACCAGCUCCAACACGCUUCGAGGCCGCAGCCCCACCAGCAGGCGGCGGGCCCAGUCCCUCGGGCUGCUAGGGGACGAGCACUGGGCCGCUGACCCGGACAUGUACCUGCAGAGCCCCCACUCUGAGCGCACUGACCCCCACGGCCUCUACCUCAGCUGCAACGGGGGCGCCCCAGCGGGCUACCGGCAGGCGCCGUGGCCGGAACCGCAGGCCCCACGGGUGCUGCCCAAUGGGCUGGCCACGAAGGCACAGUCCCUGGGCCCCGCCGACUUCCAGGGCGACUCGCAGCGCUGCCUGCAGCUGGGCGCCUGCCUGCAGUCCUCCCCACCCGCGGCCUCCAGCAGGCACGGGACCAGGGCUGCCAGGCACGGCUCCGAGGAGGCCCGGCAGCAGUCCAGCCUGGUGGGCCCGGCACCAGGCAGGCCCGGCGGGGAAGGCAGCCCGAGCCCCAAAGCCCGGGAGAGCAGCCUGAAGCGCAGGCUCUUCCGGACCAUGUUCCUGUCCUCUACCACCGCCCCUCCCAGCAGCAAGCCUGGCCCCCCUCCGCAGAGCAAGCCCAGCACCUCAUUCAGACCGCCCCAGAAAGACUCGCCACCCAGCCUGGUGGCCAAGGCCCAGUCCUUGCCACCGGACCAGCCCACAGGGCCCUUCAGCCCCCUGCCCGCCUCUGACACCAGCAGUCCCCAGAAGCCCCCACACACGGUGACCGUCGCCAGCCGCUCAUCCCCUGCCGGGUCUCCCCGCACCCGGCAUGCCCAGAUCAGCACCAGCAACCUGUACCUGCCCCAGGACCCCGCUGCGGCCAGGGGGGCCCUGGCCAGCGAGGACCCAGGAGUGGUGACACACGAGCAGUUCAAGGCUGCGCUCAGAAUGGUGGUGGACCAGGGCGACCCCCGGCUGCUGCUGGACAGCUACGUGAAGAUCGGCGAGGGCUCCACCGGCAUCGUCUGCCUAGCCCGGGAGAAGCACUCGGGGCGCCAGGUGGCCGUGAAGAUGAUGGACCUCAGGAAGCAGCAGCGCAGGGAGCUGCUCUUCAAUGAGGUGGUGAUCAUGCGGGACUACCAGCACCUCAAUGUGGUGGAGAUGUACAAAAGCUACCUGGUGGGCGAGGAGCUGUGGGUGCUGAUGGAGUUCCUGCAGGGUGGGGCCCUCACCGACAUCGUCUCUCAAGUCCGGCUGAGUGAAGAGCAGAUCGCCACGGUGUGCGAGGCUGUGCUGCAGGCGCUGGCUUACCUGCAUGCUCAGGGCGUCAUCCAUCGGGACAUCAAGAGUGACUCCAUCCUGCUGACUCUGGAUGGCAGGGUGAAACUUUCAGAUUUUGGAUUCUGUGCUCAGAUCAGCAAAGAUGUCCCCAAGAGGAAGUCCCUGGUGGGUACACCCUACUGGAUGGCUCCUGAAGUGAUCUCCCGGUCCCUGUACGCCACUGAGGUGGACAUCUGGUCUCUGGGCAUCAUGGUGAUUGAGAUGGUGGACGGAGAGCCCCCCUACUUCAGCGACUCCCCUGUGCAAGCCAUGAAGAGGCUCCGGGACAGUCCCCCGCCCAAGCUGAAGUAUUCUCACAAGGUUUCCCCAGUGUUGCGAGAUUUCCUGGAUCGGAUGCUGGUGCGGGACCCCCAGGAGAGAGCCACAGCCCAGGAGCUCCUGGACCACCCUUUCCUGCUGCAGACGGGGCUCCCUGAGUGCCUGGUGCCCCUAAUCCAGCUCUACCGAAAGCAGACCUCUGCUUGUUGAGUCCCCAGAGUGAACCUGCGCCCAAGGCAGGGGACGUGGCAGCUGCCCCCUGGCACCAUCUCAGUAUUUUCUCUCCAAAGAUGGAAUGUGAAACUCACCCCUCCCCAUCCCUCAGCGCACUGGGCCAGGCUGGACCUGCCCCUUCGGUCUCUUCCUCCUGAGUGGUAGCCCCGCUGCCUUCUGCAGAGUGAUCCUUCAUAUUCAUGCAAGGAUAUUUCUGGGGCCACCGCAGCAGAGGCUACAGCAUUUUUAAAGGUCAUUGUGUCCCCACAUCCCAGGCCACCCCCAAUGGCAGACCACCAAGAUGACCACGAUUCCCAGUCCAGGUUCAAACUCGUUGGUUCCAGAAGGGUCGUUGGGAUACCCAAAUCCAUCUUCCUCAGGUCUGCCACCCUGAAGACAAAGGCCCCCCUGUACCCACUGCCCACCUCCCACUAUAAGCACUGACUCCCUUAGCCUGCUCCUAAGUGUCCACUGCCUGCCUGGACACCACAGAGAGGAAGGGGGAAUUGUGGGAGCAAGAGAAAGAACGGGGCUGGCAGCGAGGGAGAUUGGAGCCCCUCAAAGGAUGGGGAGAAUGUGUGUGCAUGUUGGAAAGUGAUCCAACAGCCCGUCUCUGUGAGCUGUACUGUCCUCUCUCCCACUAAGUUCUGCUGGAGCAGACCUGGGAGGUCUGCGGUGAGGCUCCAGCCCCGGGCCAAGGCAGGCUCUACAUUUCUCCUGCACCCCGGAGCCCAACGUGUAGGAGGGACAACAGUGAGUCCCAGCUGUGAGCCUGAUCUCAGGAACCAGCAUUCAGGGACCUGUUUCUUUUUUUCAAUGUUCUGGUCUGGGGGAGGUGAUGUGCACAUGUCCGGAAGAUGGGCAUCCUGCUUGUCCAUCUGCCCCCACCCAAUACGUCCUCAGACCCCUGUCUCCUUGUCCUCUUCUGUGUUUAGGGCUGUAACGAGACAGGGAAUUCCAGGGAGGAACUCUAGGUGUCUGGACCCUAUCCAGAUGACAUUUUUAUUUCUGCUCCCAUGAGGACUGCUUUGGGGCAAAAAAAAAAAAAAAAAAAAAAAAGACUUUUUUUUAAGAGUUUUAAAAACAAAAGUCUCUUCCCUAAAACCUUUUGUGAACUGUUUGCACUUGUGCCUGUUUUAAAUUAAAUUGAGUGUUCAAAGA